AUGAGUUUGUCAGAACAUUGCGCAUUAAAGAUCAAUUCCCUAGUUUUCUCAUUCAGCCUGACGUCCAAUGUUGAUUUGCGCAUCCUUUUAACAGCCACUCAUGAUAGAAAGCAAGAGUUUUUAGGAUACAGAAAAACACAAGAGAAAGGUCUUUUGAAAGGUCUUUUAAAAAGGGUUGCUUUUAUUUUAUAUGAUUUACCAUUUUCUUUCUUGAGCCUCGAUCUCUCCAAGCUGUUUGAACGUCGGGGUUUAUUAUAUUUUGCAGGAAAGCACUUUGGUUUAGGUUACCGUAUGGAAAUUAUUCGCAGACCUUCAAAGCACAAAGAUCCAAGAGAACACAUAUACACACUGAAUGGAUCUAAUAUUUCUGUAAUAACAUUCACAGAUCUUCAGAAUAUAAUUAUUUAA